AUGGGUGUUUGCGCGUCGUGCUUAGGAGGGCAGAGGACUUCGGAUAUAGAUCAGUCGGACGCUUCACAUCUUCUCGGGGACCAAUACCAACCCAACUAUGGCACCGCCAGCAGCACUCACAAUGUGCCUCAGCCCGACCCUGAGGAGCUUCGCCGCCAGCGAGAGAACCUGGAGCGUAUCUGCGCCGAAACGAAUGAACAAUUGAUCCCUGUUUCACAACCGAGCGCACUCCCUGAGGUCUCGGAGCAGCCGUCCAAGAAUGACGAGUAUGCUCAUCUUUUCAACGAACGCUUCAAGUCCAUCAGACACGGCCGUCCAGCUUCCGCCGGUGACAACGAAGACGACGAAACAACCUGGCUCGAGAACGCUGUAGGCAGCCAAGGAGAGGACGAGCUGGAUCAAAUUAAGCCAGCCAACGGAAAGCUGACGAUACAAUUCGGUCAACGAUAG